AAAGUUACGUUUCAUAACUGCAUAGUUUUACUGAUAAUUUGUUGUUUUGUUGUUGGUCUUCAUGUUUCUUCUUUCAUCCGUUUCUUUACGCGUUUCAACAUCCAGGCCUGUGACUUCUUUUAAUCCUUCUCUCUCACUUCUCAGCUCCUCCCACCCUCAGCACUCCCUCUGGGUCUCCAAGCCCCUCCCAUUGCAGCUGAUCAGGCGCCCCCCCGCAGAUGGCAGAGAGUCACCGUCACUGAGAGUUGCAGCCGGAGGGUAAAGGCUCGUCCACCUUGCCGGUCCCCCGCAGAGACAUGGUGUCUCAGUCCUCAGACCGGAUAGGACACCUGCAGCAGGAGAAAGAGAUGCUGAGGGAGGAGGUCAAAGCUCAGAAGGAUGACAUCGAGGCGUAUGAGACUCAGAACAAGUUUCUGAACUCUGAGAUCUACCAGCUGACCAAAUGGUGGAGGAAAAGCUCUGAGCAGGAAAAGGCCCUGAUGGUGAAGGCUGCUUUCCUGGAGGCCACUAGCUGUCAGGUGGAGAGCCGUUACCUGGGCGUCCUGCGGAGGCUGCAGGAGAUCAAAUCUCUGGAUCCGGCCCAGCGGGAGGCUGUGCAGAAAAUGAUCGAGGACGCUCUGAAGGGAGAGCUGAAGAGCGUCACGAAGCUUAGUGUGGACAGGUACAAGCACCUGAACAGCAGGAUGGACAAAAUAACAGAAACAAGCUGCCUCUUUCUUAUUCAAGAGUCACUUGACAUGACAAUUAAAAACUCAGAAGAAGAAACUCUAUAUAGACCUAAUUUUUUACUGUUUACUCCAAACCUGUUAAAUGUAUUAAACAUCCGCCGUGUCCUCAGGGAUCAUGAUGAGUAUGGCUUUAAGAUCAUUUAAGUGGUUAGACUACACGCCUUUGGAGCGGAGAAUUGCAAGUUCGAUUCCCGCCUGGGGUCCUAAGGCUAGACCCCCUAUGCUAAGUGAGCCUACCGCAGACAUGAGUGAGACAGAUAAAUAUGAAGGCAUGCCGGCUCGGACGUCAGGCAGAUCAACAAGGUCCACGUCAGAUGUUGAGGAACCAGGGCACCCUGACGAGAAGUGGGCUACUGGAACAAGAAGGCAUCGGUGGGCAAGAGAUGAAAAUAGGGUGUUGUUGGAAUACUAACAGAACCGAGAGAAACUCUCACCAACAAGCUUCUUCCUCUAAACUCCACAAACUGGUCCGUCCACUCUUCUCAUCUGGACUGAAACAACAAAACGCCACAUUUAUUAUCACCCCAACGAUUGUUCGGCACCAUUCUCCCUCCUUUGAAAUUUGCACUCAUUACAUAAAACCGCACAGGUACAAAGACUUGGAUUAGUGAGAUAAAAUAAAAAUAAAGUUUGUGCUCUCUGAGCAGCUGUGAUCAUCAGUGUGAUGAUCCAUCAGGGUCUGAAUACACUGCAGCAGCUUCAUGUCUGCGAUGUAGUGGUGCGGAAGCCAGCGUUAUGUUUGAUCUCUUUCAGGUAAUUCACUGCAGGAACCUUUACAAAGUGGAUUCUGGCUAAACCUUCAGGGAUCACAUCGGCAGGUGGGAUAGGUGAGAACAGGUGAGAGCAGAAGAAAGAUCUGAGAUCAGGAGCAUCUUUUAGCUGGGACCCCUUCUGGAUCAUUAUCAUAUGGCAGUGCAGGAAUUUAUUUCCACUGAGGCCUAAUAAUCAAACAAACAAACUAAAACACAUGAUAAUUCAUUUGUUUGAAAAGUAAUCAGUACGCUGCUCGGUAGAUAAGCCGUGCGCCCUAGCGCGCAAAAAGCGAGCGUUUAAUGCUCUAACAGCGCCCGCUUUUUCUGCUGCCUUUAUGGACUCUGGAAUAAUGAUCUCCAACUGUAAAAGCGUUGAGGACCUUCCGGACAUUCUUCAUUCUACCGGCACUGAUAUUUUGGACUCUAUUGCUCCGUUCAGGACUGUGCGUGCUAAGCAAUUAUCAGAGCCGUGGUUGAAUGAACAUACGCGCUCCCUUAGAUGUGACUAUAGACGCGCCGAAAGGAGAUGGAAAAAGGACAGACUGCAUGUUUCUCUACAGAUUUAAAGGACUCGUCUUUCUGCUUACCAAGAAGCUGUAAAAACUGCAAAGACACAGUUUGUCUCAAACUUAGUGUCAGUAAACAGUCACAGGCCUCAGGUACUUUUUAAUGUCCUUAAUCGUUUUCUUAGUUCAUGUGAUAAUGCUGGAGUCAUUUCUUCACCAAGUAUUUGUGAUUAUUUUUUUUAGCAAUUUUUAACAACAAGGUUCUAUCCAUUAGGGCCCUUGUCUCGUCGACUGCUGCUUCAGAUCCGAGUCUUUCUCCUGUGUGCUCAGCUGUCUUAGAGCAGUUUGAUCCUGUCUCCCUUAAUGACUUGAUCUUCAUCACCUAAGAUCAUCACACUGCCCCUCUGAUUGUCUCCCCCUCUAUCAAAAACACUUCUAAUACUAUUGGGCCUUUUAUCCUGAGAUUAAUUAAUACGUCCCUUGCUACAGGAUGUGUCCCAUCAUGCUUUAAACAAGCUGUAGUUCAGCCUCUUCUUAAAACCACAACCUGGACCCAACUGUUCUGUACAAUUACAGGCCAAUCUCAAAGCUUCCUUUUCUGUCCAAAGUUCUGGAGAAAGUGGUCUACUUACAGUUGCUGGCCCACCUUGAUUUUAACAAGAUCUCUGAAAACUUUCAGUCUAGUUUUAAAUCACUAGAUAGCAAUGAGACGGCACUUUUGAGGAUUUUUAAUGAUGUUCUUUUAACUCUAGACUCUGGCAGCCCUGCUGCCCUUUUAUUGUUGGACCUGUCAGCAGCUUUUGACACGGUCAACCACGACAUCCUGUUAUCACGGCUAGAAUUUCAUGCUGGCCUAAAGGGAUCUGCCCUACAGUGGUUUCGGUCCUACUUGUCAGGAAGGUCUUUUUACGUCAAUAUGGGCCCCCAUAACUCCAAAAUAGCCCCUCUUAAAUACGGUGUAGCUCAAGGCUCUAUUUUGGGUCCUGCCUUGUUCGCACUCUAUUUGUUGCCAUUGGGUUCUAACUUCUCGUGGUACAAUAUAUCAUUCCACUGCUUUGCUGAUGAUUUGCAGAUUUAUCUGCCUUUAAAAGCAGGGUCAGACCGUCCCCAGCUGUUAUUAUGCUGCCUUGAUGACAUCAAACAGUGGAUGUUGUUAAAUUUUCUAAAGCUAAAUGAAAACAAAACUGAUGUUGUCAUUUUCGGCAACUUUGUCAAUAAUCACAUCGAUAGCACUCUGGGCCCCCUUUCCUCCUAUUGUAAAACACAUGUAAAAAACCCUCGGUGUCUACCUUGAUGGUUCUUUUAAAUUGAAUAAGCAGGUCAGUGCAGUAGUCCAGUCCUGCUUCUUUCAGUUAAGACAGCUAGCCAAGGUAAAGCCAUACCUCCUGACUAACAUCUCUGAACGUGUUAUUCACCUAUUCCUUACUUGCAGAUUGGACUACUGCAAUUCAUUGUAGUUUGGUCUUGACCAGGCCUCCAUUCAUCAUCUUCAGAUGGUCCAAUAUGUAGCAUUUUAAAAUUUUUGUAUUGUAUUGUAUUUUUAAAUAUUAACACAAUUUAAUUGAGACAGUGUUUUGUAUUAUUUCACUUUCAAUGUGAAAAAUGUUGUGAAAACCUUGAAUAAAAUAUGGUUUAGUAGACAGCAUGACCCCCUUCAGACUCAACCCUGUUCGCUCCAAUGUAAAAUAGUACAACUACUGUCAGCCUUCAUUAAGCUGCUUCAUUUAAACAUGGUAUCAAACAAGGUUAACAGUUCAUCUGCAUAUUUUAAUUCAACUCCUGGAGGAUGUUUUUAUGAAUGACUCCCUUUUCCCAAGUAAAGGUUUUAA